GUUGCCUUCAAGUAGCCAUAUUGAGAGCAGUGUGAGUCUGUGUGUGAUGUGGAUGGAGUGCAGGUCGUGCUGAACACUCAUAAUUCCUGCACACAGCCACUUGUGACGAUGGCGGCCAGCGAGGUGGAUGCUUUUGCGAAUGAAGAGAAGCGAACUCUGGAGCUCAGUGGUCAUGUGGGGUUUGACAGCCUUCCAGAUCAGCUGGUCAGCAAAGUAUCUGCACAGGGAUUCUGCUUCAACAUCCUCUGUGUGGGUGAGACCGGGAUCGGCAAGUCCACGUUGAUGAACACUCUUUUCAAUACAACAUUUGAAAAUGAGGAAGCCAGCCACUAUGGGCAAAUGGUGGAGCUGCGCCCGCACACGUAUGAACUGCGGGAGAGCAAUGUCAACCUCAAGCUGACUGUUGUACACACUGUAGGGUUUGGAGACCAGAUCAACAAAGAACAGAGCUACAAACCCAUUCUUGAGUAUAUCGAUGCCCAGUUUGAGAAGUUUCUUGAAGAGGAGCUAAAAAUAAAGCGCUCCCUGUUUAACUACCACGACACGAGGAUCCACAUCUGCCUGUAUUUCAUCGCCCCCAACGGACAUUCUCUGAAGUCCCUCGAUCUCGUCACGAUGAAGAAACUGGACAGCAAGGUGAACAUCAUCCCCGUGAUUGCGAAGGCAGACACUGUGUCCAGGAAUGAGCUAGAAAAGUUAAAGAUCAAGGUUAUGAGUGAGCUGGUCAGCAAUGGAGUCCAGAUAUAUCAGUUUCCCACAGAGGAUGAGGCUGUUGCAGAGAUCAACUCCUCCAUGAAUACUCUUCUGCCGUUUGCUGUGGUUGGAAGCGUAGACGACGUGAAAGUAGGAAAUAAGAUGGUGAAAGGAAGGCUGUACCCCUGGGGAUCUGUGGAGGUGGAAAACGAAAAGCAUUGUGAUUUUGUGAAGCUGAGGGAGAUGGUGCUGCGUGUGAACAUGGAGGAUCUCCGGGAGCAAACGCACGCUCGUCACUAUGAGCUGUACCGUCGCUGCAAGCUGGAAGAGAUGGGCUUCAAGGACACAGGCACUGACAGCCAGUCGUUCAGCCUGCAGCAGACGUACGAAGCCAAGAGGAAGGAAUUUCUUGUGGAGCUGCAGCGCAAAGAAGAAGAAAUGAGACAGAUGUUUGUCAACAAAGUGAAGGAGACAGAAGCUGAGCUGAAAGAGAAAGAAAAAGAGCUUCAUGAGAGGUUUGAGCAGCUCAAGCGUAUGCACCAAGAAGAAAAGAAGAAUCUGGAGGAGAAAAGACGAGAGCUGGAGGAGGAGAUGAAUGCCUUCAAUAGGAGGAAGGUUGCAGCAGAGACACUGAUGGGACAGGCACUCCAAGGUUGCUCACAGCAGCCAUUCAAAAAGGACAAAGACAAGAAGAAGCUGACCUGCCAGACUGUAUCUCGGGCAGGGACAGUUCUGUUUACAUUGGACUGGUCUCACCGAUGCUCACGCCAUGCAGAGCACAGAUGAUACUCAUACAUCCCGCAAAGAGCUGUAAUCAUGAUGUUGCGUAUGCUUUAAAUGCAGCUUGAUCCUGGCAUCAGCCUUGUAAAUCACAGCACACCGAAGCUGUCUUAAUAGUGAGUAAAAUAGAAAAAUGAAAAGAACUGAGUGAGCAGAGUUUCUUGGAAACAUUUACUAUUAAUGGUAAGGGCUUCAGUAUUCCAGACAGUAAAAUUUUAUGAGGCGUUUAGCCAGUAUAAUUACAUGUGAGGUGGAUGAAGAGAUUUCAGGUAUUUUAAUGUUUUAAUAAUUUUUCCUGCUAUUCUUAUAACGCUGUUUUGAAAAAGCAAUAAAUGCAUUUUUAUGCAUUUCAAAAUUAACAGCUUUGUACACUAAGCAUAUACACAAAGGGAUUUAUAAAAUAAUCCUUUAAAUUUGUCAUGUGAAAGAUGAGGAAAUGUUUGUAAAAAUCUUACUGUAGACAAGAGUGAGCUGAAGCUUUAAGGUAAGAUUGCAAGUGGAGAGUAUUUAAAGUCACUGUCUAACCAAAAAGUCUGGUUGUUGUUGUUUUUUUAAAUACACUCACUGAGCACUUCAUUAGGUACACAUUGCUAGUACCAGCUUGAUCUCCCUUUUUACUUCAAAAAACCAUCUUAAUUUGUCAUGGUACAGAUUCAACAAGGUGUUAGAAACAUUCCUCAGAGGUUCUUCAGGUCCAUGUUGACAUACUAGCGUCACCCAGCUCCCGCAGAUUUGUCAGCUACAGUGGUCCCUCGCUAUAACGCGGUUCACCUUUCACG